CCGCCGUAGUCCUCGUCGACGUCGCCGUGCGUAUUAUACCAUCCGCGGCACUGCGCGCGGUAGACACGACCAUCGCGAGUUUGUACGGUGUGUGUGUGUGUGUGUGUGCGCGUACGAGUGUGUUUUUUUUUUUUUUUUUUUAAUAAUAUUUUUCAGCUCCCGCGAGUGUUUCCGCCGUCCACAAGUGUGCCGAGGAAAAGUCGAUUUAUUAUUAUUUUUUUAUUUUUAAUUCAUCGAGAAAAUAUUGUUCGAGUCGGACGUGUUUUUUUUAUUUUUGAAAAUAAUUAUUCGUCGUCGUCGUCACUUCAUAUGUAUUAAAUUAUAAUCAUACACGCGUAAUCGUCCGUACACGUAUUAUUAUAGUGUACGCUUUUGCCGCCCCGUCUGCAAAGGAGUCGGAGCGGAUUUUCUGGUACGGGUUAAGAGAGACGGCGACGGAGGAGGAAAAAUAAACCUCGAGAAGAGGAAACUGAGAUCCUCGUCCUAGCUCGUCUGUUUAUUUAUCGCAACACGAUAUAAUAUAAUAUUAUAAUACACGCCGACCGACCGACCGCUUGUCCGCCGCGCAGCUCGCGCGCGUGUGCGUUGUGUUCACGCGAAAGUGAGAGUUUGGAUUCCUUCCGGUUUCGGCCGUCCGUUCGAGAACAAAAUAAAAUACUAUGAUUUACGUCUGCAGGAUUCGAUUUGGAUUACCAUCAUUUACGCCACAGCCAAAUGAUGUAUGAUACUGAUUCUGAGUGCGGCAACGCCGCACCAUUGACCCUGCACUAUGGCAACCACCACGUGUACCUGAUGGCGGAAAUCCAACAGGCCGGCGACGAGCACUCAGACAUGGAGCUGAUGUGCGAGCAGGGCGCCACCAUCCGGGCCCACUCGCUGGUGCUGGCUUCCGUCAGCCCGCUUGUCCGGCGGCUGCUCAAGGAGGACAACGUGUGCAUGUACCACAACCUGGUGCUCCAGUUCCCGGAGAUCAAGGAGUCUCACAUGAAAACGGUGCUGGACUUUAUUUACACCGGACAGGCCAGCGUGUUGGAAAACGAAUUCGACGAGGUAGUCAGCUUGUUGAAUUUGUUGGAGAUUCGAUCAGACACGUGGCAACGGGCUAUGUACGAAUCAGCUUCGUCAACUUCACCGCCACCACCCGGACAACCACCGUCAGCUGCGUCAUCGGACUUGUCUACGAGGACGGAUCCAGAAAACCUGUCACCAGCGUCUCGGUGUGAAGUACACCCCAAAAAGCGGCGGAGACGAUCGUCCGUGCCCGUAAAUUUAUCCAUCGACACGAAAAACGACGAGGAUACCUCCGUCACCCAAUCUAACUGGCGGGUGUCUAAAUUCGAGGAGAGCCACCGAAAGUUGAGGAGGAGAAGCAGUUCGCCGUUCGACGACUAUGUACACCAUCAUGAACGUGAAUACCACCACAACGGUUUCCAACCAUUCCCAAAACGUGAACCACACUGGGUCGAAACCGAAUAUCGAAGUUCGCAGCUUCAGUACAGUUGCGAAGUAAACUUACCGUACAUGGACCCGGCGGAACCAAACUUGGAUCCCGAGAUCGAAGAGACGAAUGAUUCGGACAGUAAAGAUGCUAGGUUGAAUCCCGCCGACUACGUGGUGACUCCGAGGAAGCGAAAGAAACAGCCCGGGUUCCAGAACUCUCCAGCCCAGAACCCGCCGUUUGUGCCCAUGUACUUCCACGAAAUGGCGUUCAGGCACCAGAAGAUCACGCAGUCUCUCAGCUCCUUUGUGCACCACCCGUUCGGGUCUACGCCACAGCCACCGCUGACCCAGCCACGGACCACGGACGACGACGGUCGAGACACUCCACCGCACAGGACACCCAUCUAUAUGGGCCGGUCCAGAUCUCAGGACUCCGGCGUCUACAGACCACCACCACCGCCUCCCCAGCUACAGCCGCCACCCCCACCCCAAUCGGACAACGACUGCAGUCCACCUCCACCGUCCGGGCAGUCAACGCAGUCGUCAUCGUUCGGCAGUUUCUCUGAAAACGGUUCACCCUGGAAACCAUCGUCCGACGUGAAACCGAUGUCGCUGUCGUCCGAACCGGCGUCGGCGGCGGAAGUGCAGCAGCACCAGCACCAGGCUCACCAGCACAGUUCGCCCGCGUCAGUGGCCGGACCUGCGUCCGCGGCGUCGUCGUCCGACACGGAAGACAAGUCUUCCGGUUGUGCGGGUGGCGCUGGCCGCGAGUACAAGUGCACUUACUGCGGCAAGCAGUUCGGCAUGAGCUGGAACCUGAAAACUCAUCUGCGCGUCCACACGGGCGAGAAGCCGUUCGCGUGUCGCCUUUGCGUGGCCAUGUUCAAGCAGAAAGCCCAUCUGCUCAAGCACUUGUGCUCGGUGCACAGGAACGUCAUAUCGCCCGGCACCAGCGCCGCCGACCAGGAGACGGCGGCCGCGUUCAACUGCUGCUUUUGUCAGAUGACGUUCGACACGCUCCAGCAACUGGUCCGCCACUUUUCCGGGCCGCACAACAACCUGCUGCUCACCAAGAACCUGAACGCCUGACGCGCCCGAACAUUUUUUUUGUUUCCGGGCGGCACCCACGUCCUCCGCUUCCGUCUCGCCGAUUUAUCCGACGAAAAUAUUAUAUUAUCAUAUAAAUUUUCAGCGGACGAGACGUCGUCGUGUACCUCUAUAUUAUAUACAGUGUUUUUUUUUUUUUUUAUAUAUAAUUAUUAUUAUUGUAGGUACAAAAAAAAAAGAAAGUUUUUCGUAAUAUUAUUUUUACCAGCUGUUAUCGUAUUAUUAUUAUUAUUAUUAUCAUCGUUACUGUUCUCGUCGUUGUUAUUGUUCAUUUUUUUUUUAACGCGCGUAACACAUUAUAAUAUUAGGCCGGAUAGCGAUUCUAAUCCGGUCCCGACCCGUUUUGUACUUUCGGCGCGCGUUUAACGCCAUAUCGUUGCCGUUGCCCAUCAUUCAUUCGGAGACGCGUAGUAUUAUACACUCCGACGUGUCUCGUAAACCUGUUAUAAAUAAUAUAAUAAUAUCUUAAUUCAGUGCAAUAUGUCAUACUCCCGUCGGAAUAAAAAAAACUUCGAAAAAUCCGCUUGACAUCGUCCAAAAGUGUUCAUCAUGAUAUUAUUAUAAUUUAUUGCGAACGUUUUCUGAUUGUAUAAUUAUUAUUGUAUAUAUAUAUAAUAUACUUCUUACGUGUUCACUAAUAUUUAUAUAUAGAUUUAAGUGACAAUCUCCAAAAUCACGUGUUUUCGUCGUCGGCAUAGGUACUUGUGCAUUCCAGUCGCGAAGACUUCGAGAAAAAAAAAUAUAUAAACAACAAUGACAACAACGGCGACGACGACAACGACAACGAUAUUGUUAUGCCGAUGUGUGUAAUGCGCACGACCAAAAUACUAAAUGUAUAGAUACUUAAUUCGUAGGGAAAAUUAAGAUCUCUAGAAAUAAACAAUAUGAGCGGUUAUAUAUACGUUUAAGUUAAAAUAGAAUUAUUAUAUUAUUAUGAUUAACUACGUCCUAAAUCGAUCGUUACCUUUAUGUUUAUAAAAUAAUGUAAUUAUUUAAUAAUGAUACUAAUGAUAGUGUAAAAAUUUUAACAAAAUUAAAUUAUAAAAUAUCAUAUACGACCUAGCUAUAUAUAUAUAUUGUUUGCACGCAAAUACGUGUACUGCGAAGAUUUGACGAUUUUAUGCGUUCAAAUCGUUGUCGAAUCUCAGCGAUACACUGUAGUACAACUUGUUAUCGGACCGUUUAAUUUGUCUUAGUUCGGCCCUCGGCUACUCCAAUAUUCGUAGCGAUAUCCAAAAAAAAAAUAAAAUAUGUUCGCAGCGUACUUUAUUUAGCCGCGAGUGAGAUCAUAUAUUUUGUAGGUCGUACACGAUCUCCGUGCAAGCGUUACCUGUGCGAAAUCGAAAUAGAGAUACUUAUUUAGUCUUAGACACGUGGCAUAAUGAUUGCCUAUAAAACUUGUACAUAGUAAAGUUAUGUAAUUAUCAUAAAACACAUAAUAUUGUUUAUUGUACGUAAUAUUAUGUUUUUACGAAUAAAAAAUGUGUACAUAAUUUAAAGUAUUGUUACGGUAAUAAUAGUGAAUAGUAAUAAUAAAAUAUUAUAAUGUAUUGUAAUGCGCAUUACACAAUAUAUAAAUUAAAACGCGUGUUAAUAUUAUAAUAUAGUGACGCGUGAUCGAAACUAGUCAUAAUUUAUUCACUAAGAUGUGUACGAAAUGUAUAAAGAUAAAAAAAAUAUUGCGUGUAAAUAUGUACUACCUAUAUAUACAACACCGAUCGUGUUUGUAAAUAUUAUGUAUAAUGAAUAAACGGUUUACUAAAACUUUUA